UCUCGCGCUUCGCAGUGACUCUCGCGUUCCUCAUCAUCACUGCUACACUGGUCUGGAUGAUUGCAGUGGCAGCAACAUGGCUGUGAAUCUCAGCAAGAACAGACUGGCCCUCAUAACAGCCUACCAGGACGUUAUUAACGAGACGUCGGCUACCGACUGGGCCUUAUACACAUAUGAAGAUGACAGUAAUGACUUGAUCCUGUCUGCUUCAGGAGAUGGGGGUCUGACAGAGAUUGCAGUAACCUUCGAUAACACUCGGAUUAUGUACGGUUUCUGCAGCCUGAAGGAGCCCACUGCAGCACUGCCACGCUACAUCCUCAUCAACUGGGUUGGUGAAGAUGUGCCUGAUGCCAGGAAGUGUGCCUGUGCCAGUCAUGUAGCCACCAUAGCGGAGUUUUUCCAGGUGGGUCUCACCAAGGGUGUUGACGUCAUUGUGAAUGCUAGCACCAUUGAUGACAUCGACCCCUCAGCCAUCGGACAGAGGCUGACCAAUGGCACAGCUCCAGUGGCCAGUCCAGUGCUAAGCCGCCUGCGAAUGAAAGACGAGGAGAACACAGAGCAUGUUGGCACCACCUACCAGAAAACAAAUGCAGAGAUCGAGAUGAAGAAAAUCAAUCGAGAGGAGUUCUGGGAACAAGCCAAGCGGGAAGAGGAGUUGAGAAAGGAGGAAGAGAGAAGGAAGGCUGCAGAUGAACGGCAGCGCUUUGAAAUGGAGAGGAUGGAACUGGAAAGAAAAGAGCAAGAGGAAAGAGAGAAGCGCUUCCGUGAGAGGGAGCAGCAGAUCGAGGAACAGAGGAAGAAGAUGCAGGAGGAGGAAGAGGCCAAAGAGAGGUCAAGGAAUCAGCCCUUGAUUGUAAGAACAGAGCCCAGUUAUGAAGACCCUGCCCUGGAGAAAAAAGAAACAGAGGUUGAGGAAGCAGCAGCCAUCAUUGCCCAAAGGCCCAGUAACCCACGUGAAUUCUUCAAGCAGAGAGAGAGGGCAAUAGCCAACAGCGUGGACAUCUCACCAGUCACCACGCACAGGACCGGCCGCUUGGACAGUCCAUUCUUGAGGCAGCAGCACAGUCCAUCCGAUUGCAGCCCGCCCACUUCUCGCACUCCGCCCCAUUCACGGCGGCAGCCAGGUCCACCUGAUGACUCUGCUGAAGGAAUCCUCGCGCGCAGCAUGACAACUGGAUGUACUCCCAUCCCCAAAAUAGCGAUUCAGGAGGAAAAAGAGGACUUAAUUCGAAAGGAAUUAGCCUUUGACACUGCCAAGCAGACUUCAGUGCAGGAAUCUGGCUUCGCCGAGACCUCUUCAAGUGCUUCCCCCCAGCCCAGCAGCACAGCUCCAUUAUCCAGCACAGAUGACAGCCUUCUAGACUUGUGGGACAGAGGCCCAGCACCAGGUACGGCCUCCUCCCAGGCCCCCAGCCACAUUAUGGACCUGAUGGAGGACACCCUGGAGCCUCAUCUUGCCAGCUCCUCCCCUGCUCUCCCACAGCCACUCCUGAGCUUCGAUGAGGUGCCUGACACCCCCUACUGCACUGGCACAGAAGACAACCCAUCUAGCCUGGUGAAUGUGGCCGGACCCCACCAGAUGACCCUGAGUUACCAGCAGGCACUGCGGCAUGCUUCCGGCUCUGACAGCCAGGAUCUGGAUGAAGGACAGCUACUGUUGACCAAUGGAGACAUGCUUCUUAAAGAAGGGACCCAGGCAAGUGAAGGCUACUUUAGCCAGUCACAGGAGGAUGACUUUGCCCAGUCAGAUGACUGCACUGCAAAAGUCAACCCAACACCAGUUUUUUAUAACAAACCACCAGAAAUCGACAUUACGUGCUGGGAUACAGACCCUGUGAUGGAAGAUGAUGAAUAGGAGUGACUGAGGGAAAAAGAGGUCACACCUCUAUGUAAAACUUAUUUUACAACAGUUACAGAAGUCUUCAAAAUAUUUUAGAUAAAAAAACAACAACAAAAACAAUGUUAGCCACAAAAGAAAAGGACUCAGGUUAUUGUUAAAGAUGCCAGUGGGGAUGACUGCUCUUGGUUCAUUUAUGUGUGUGUUUAUUAUUUAUUUUGAUCUUUUUUUUCUAUGCAGAGUAUAGCACAGUGUGUCUCUAGCGCUCACCUGUGUUGUAUCUAUCCCUGUGCCUAACAGGUGUGUGUAGUAGCAAAUUAGACCAUUCUGUUUUAGUUUCUAUCUCCUUUAUCGAAACAACUCCCUAUAAUCUUAGUUGGUUAGUUGAAUCACAUGUUUGAGUGUUAUGCUUUGAUGACUCAAUCGGUCAGGGAUGGUCGAACCCUCACCUUCAUAGAAGCAAAGGCAUGUCAGAACUUGAUUUUAGCUUCAGUUAAGUGAAUUGUAUUUAGCAAUUGGAAAAUGAAGGGGGUUUAUAUGUGGUUAUGAAAAAUUUUGUGUUUUGUGCCAAUUAUUUUGAGUAUGACGUGUAAGUGUAACAGCCUUUUAGGACUUUAGCUCCAGGUGGCAUAUGUAUAUUUUGGCUACAUAUGAGACAGUGUACAUAAACAGUGGCUAAAACUGACAUUUUUGUUGGAAAAACUGCAAUAGAGCUUUGAUUUGUUGAGAAAUUUAGGCAAUAACAGUUGUAG